AAAUCCAUCGUAUAUGCAGAUACCAAAGAUGCCAGAGAAGCUUCAUCCAUGGGAUUAUGCUGCAGUUGCAGGGUAUUUUGCACUGGUGUUAGGAGUGGGCAUAUGGGCCAGUCUUCGACGUGGUAAGGACAGUGCAGAGGACUACUUCCUGGCCGGAAAACAUAUGACGUGGAUUCCGAUAGGUGCUUCUUUGUUCGCAAGCAAUGUUGGUGCUCCGAUGUUUAUAGGCUUAGCUGGUGCCGGGGCUGCAUCCGGCUACUCUGUUGUGCUUUACGAAUGGAGUGCAACGUUCCUGCUGCUGGCUCUUGGUUGGUUUUUCGUUCCCAUUUUUGUGGCCAGUGGGGCCUACACAAUGCCGGAAUAUCUGAUGAAGCGAUUCGGCGGGGUUCGUCUCAGGAUCUGUCUCUCAGUCCUGGGACUGUUUCUGUACAUCUUGACAAGGAUAUCAAUUGAAAUCUACUGCGGAGCUCUAUUCAUGCAGUUACUUCUUGGCUGGAAUCUCUAUUUAUGCAUCACCGGCAUUUUGCUCAUUACAGCUCUCUAUACAGUCAUCGGCGGUCUCGUUGCAGUAAUGUACACGGACACAUUACAGACAGGAAUAAUCUUAAUAGGAGCAUGUAUUCUCACUUACAGAGGCUUUCAAGAAAUCAACGGUUUCCAGGGCUUAGAAAGGGACUUUGUGAAAGCUGCCUCCAACCAAACUAUGGUUAACGUAUCGCACUACAGCUGUGGUCUUCCCCCUAAGGACUCUUUGCACAUUUGGAGAGAUCCAGUGCAUGGGGACAUUCCGUGGCCUGGUGUUCCUUUUGGCCUUGUUUCGAUAGGCUUGUGGGUGUGGUGCACUGAUCAGCUGAUGGUGCAGCGAACGCUUUCAGCUAAGAACAUCAGUCAUGCUAAAGGUGGAACCUUGUUAGCCGGUGCACUGAAGAUAUUGCCCUUCUUCCUCUGGAUCAUUCCAGGGAUGAUGAGUCGGAUCCUCUACCCAGAUGAAAUUGCAUGUUCUUCUCCUGAGCGAUGUGACGAAGUAUGCCAGAACAAAGCUGGGUGUACCAACAUCGCCUACCCCGUCCUAGUGUUGAGGCUGUUACCUCAAGGUCUUCGAGGUCUGAUGCUAGCUGCUCUGCUUGCUGCUCUAAUGAGUUCCCUGACAUCCAUCUUCAACAGUGCCAGCACCAUGUUCACCAUGGACAUCUGGCCGCGAAUCAGAAGGAGACCGUCAGAAAACGAACUUAUGAUAGUUGGACGAGUAGCAGUGGUCGCCUGUACUGCAAUAGGCAUUCUGUGGUUACCAAUCUUGCAGCAAGCCCAAGGUGGACAACUGUGGGGGUACUUGCAGUCAGUAAGCGCCUAUACUGCCCCUCCUUGGACGAUGAUGUUUAUGUUUGCCCUUCUGUGGAAACGCACAACUGAACAGGGAGCCUUCUGGGGUUUGAUCGCAGGACUGGUUGUUGGGAUAAUCCGACUGGUGGUUGACUUCACACACCCAGCCCCUUACUGUGGCAGCGGAGAGGAAGACACUCGACCUGCAGUGUUGAAGCAUGUGCAUUUCCUCUACUUCGCCAUGAUCUCAGCUGUUGUCACCUCUGUUGUCAUCGCCGUUGUCAGUCUCUGGACAAAGCCCAGAUCAGAAGCUCAGCUUGGUCGCACCACAUGGUGGACACGUCACCGUGCUGAUCCUGAAAUGGAACCAGAGGAAGACACAGAGGAGGAAUACGAUGAAGACAAGAAAGAUGAAGAGGACCCGUCUGACCUGAAGAUGACAAUCGCCGCUGAGGCAGGAGACGUUGACGUUGACGUCCAGAUACAUUCCCUCACCAGAGGUAAAGGGAGAUGUUCGACAAUAUGCAAAAACAUCGCAAUGUGGGUGUGUGGGGUGACACAGAGGAAGACCCUUGCACUUUCCAAACAAGAACGGACCGCCCUACAGAAGCAGUUCACCAGUUUGGAAGAAAAUGAAACAACAAGAACAGCGUUGAAUGCUUGCGCCAUAGGACUGUCAUUCAUAACCGUCUUUCUUUUGGGAUAUUACAGUUAACAGACAGAGACGCUAUGUUUUGGACAACUUUAUUUUUUCAUUUAUUUACUGAGCCAAAAACGUCAUCUGACUCGUAGAAAUUUCCUCGUCGGUGGAUGUAGCACCAAGUUAAUUCAGAGUGGCAUGUUUGCCUUGACGUACUGACAUAUUAUAAUCAAGUAUUUUAUAAAAUCACUGUUUUUGAAUACCGUUACAAAUUAUCUAUGUUGUGUCCGUUAUCAUUAUCAAUGGUUAUUACAUUCCUUUUGAAGGUUAUUAUUGUACAUCACUGAUUGAUAUCUAACGGACAUCGCCUAUCUUUCAGAACAUUAGAUCUAUUACGUGCCCAUUCUUUACGAUAGUGGUCAUUACUUUUCACGCAUUAUUUAAUGGUUGUUUAAUACAUUUAGAAACAUUACUAUUAUCACUUGCAAAUUUAAUUGCAUCAAAGAUAACAUUAUUAGUACGUAUUACUACUGAUGUGUUAUUAUGGUUAUUACGAAUGUCUGUUUUGCGAAUCACGAAUUCCCAUGUUUAUUUAACACCUUUAUGAACAUUUACAGUGAGUCUUACUUUCAAUAUUACGCAACUCCCCCAAAGCGUUUAUUACGUCAUUUGGAACACACGCACAACAUCACUGUUUGUGUUGACAAUAGUGAGAUAGUCGAAGAAAUUAGGGAGGACAUCAUGAGCUUCAGUACCCGGAGACAAAUGCAAGUAUCGUGUGCAGAAUACCUCUUCAAAUAACCGUGUAAACAGGGGCUUUAUGAAAUGUAUGAUAUUAUGUCUCUUUAAAUAAGCCCCAGAUGUGAUAUUGUUUUCAACUAGAAAGGACCUGUGACAUCUGUGCCUUUGUCUACGGUUUGUUUCAGUGUUGAAAACGUUUGUUGCAGAUUCAGAUUUUCAUAGAUGUGCAUUGUGUCAUAUUUCGGUUACUUGUCUUCCGCAACGCCUAGCUGAAUCAACCUAUUGAAAUGCUCCUUGAUAUUCUGUCUUAACUGCCACAGGUGCUGUGCCAAACCAUGACCUCCCCCCAAAAUGGAUUUUUACUCAGAUAGAUAGAUAGAUAGAUAGAUAGAUAGAUUUUGACCAGACGUUAGCUGUCACAGUGUGUUUAUAUUGUGAAUAAGG